GCGAGGCCGCCGUCAGUCCCCUCCGCCACCCGCCGUCCGCCCCGGGUCCGCCCGAAGGUCCGCCCGAUCCGCAGUGCCCGCCACCGCCGCCCGCUGCGCUCCCGCGCUCCGUUCCGCCCCGGCCGCGCCCAGCUGGAAUGCAGAGAUCGCCGCCCGGCUACGGCGCACAGGACGACCCGCCCUCCCGCCGCGACUGUGCAUGGGCCCCUGGGAGCCUGGGCCGCCGCUGAGCCGGCGCCUUCACCCGCCGCCCGCCGGCCGCCGCCGCCUCCUGCCUCCGCCGCCGCGCAUGCCCGCUUCGCCGCGCAGCCCCGCCGCGCAGCCCGGAGCCGGGGCGUUAUGGCCCCAGCCCGACCGGUCGCGGGGAGCGCCAGGCGGCCGACGAGUCGCGCAUCCGGCGGCCCAUGAACGCCUUUAUGGUGUGGGCGAAGGACGAGCGCAAGCGGCUGGCGCAGCAGAACCCUGACCUGCACAACGCGGUGCUCAGCAAGAUGCUGGGCAAGGCGUGGAAGGAGCUGAGCGCGGCCGAGAAGCGGCCCUUCGUGGAGGAGGCCGAGCGGCUGCGUGUGCAGCACCUGCGCGACCACCCCAACUACAAGUACCGGCCGCGCCGCAAGAAGCAGGCGCGUAAGGCCCGGAGGCUGGAGCCCGGCCUCCUGCUGCCCGGCCUGGCCCCGCCGCCGCCGCCGCCACCGCCCGAGGCCUUUGCCGCAGCGCCCGGCCCGGCCCGCGCCUUCCGCGAGCUGCCCCCGCUGGGCGCCGAGUUCGACGGCCUGGGGCUGCCCACGCCCGAGCGCUCGCCGCUGGACGGCCUGGAGCCAGGCGAGGCCGCCUUCUUCCCGCCGCCCCCGGCGCCCGAGGACUGCGCGCUGCGGGCUUUCCGCGCGCCCUAUGCGCCCCGCCGAGCUGCCGCGGGACCCGGGCGUCUGCUACGGGCGCCCCUGGCCGAGGCGCUCAGGACCGCGCCUCCCGCCGCGCCGCUAGCCGGCCUCUACUACAGCGCCCUGGGCGCGCCCGGCCCGGGGCCGUACCCCGGCCCACUGUCGCCGCCUCCAGAGGCCCCGCAGCUGGAGGGCACGGAGCCCUUGGGGCCCGCCGCCGACCUGUGGACCGACGUGGACCUCACUGAGUUCGACCAGUAUCUCAACUGCAGCCGGACUCGACCUGACGCCGCGGGGCUCACCUACCCCGUGGCGCUGGCCAAGCUGGGCCCCCGGGCCAUGUCUUGUCCCGAGGAGAGCAGCCUGAUCUCUGCGCUGUCCGACGCCAGCAGCGCCGUCUACUACAGCGCAUGCAUCUCGGGCUAGGCCCCGCGUCUCCACCGCGCGCGCCAGCUCCUCCCCCAGCUCUCCCGCGGCCGCCUCACUGCCCCCCCUCUCUGUCGCGGACGCGGGUCCCAGGUGCCUGUGGCAGCCCCGCAGGAGCCAUGCCCGGCCCUCGUGCCCGCUGCGCAUUCCCCGGCCACUUUUCAGGGCUCCGUGGCCGCUCGCCUGUAGGGAACCAGUCCUGGGUUUUCCUGCGAGCCCGGGACUAGGACUCCUUGUCCACCCUGCCAGGAUUAUGUUUCUUGACACACCUAAUUCUCCUGCAGUGCAUUUUCUACAAGCAGACUGUUUUUUUUUACUUUGCCUUUUUUAUAUACAUAAUACAAUAUAUUUAAUUUUUAAUUAAACUUUUAAACUUUUCCUUCCAAGGGUUUACCUGAUCAGAAGCAUCAAUGUAGCAGAGCCUUUUCAGUUCGAGGAAUAACAAUGUUUGUUUUUUGUAAGGGAGGAGCUGGGAGCGGGUUUCCCCUCUGGCUCCAUUGGGGCCCCCUUGCCUAGGCCAGUCCAGGCUGCAAUAAAGCCUCUCGGCCCUUCCAGUCUA